AUGGCACUUUGGAAUGCCCUAGAUAAGCACUUAAAUCUCAAGGACAAUGACCGUCAAGUUGAAACACGACAACAGGAUACGUUCGAUGAUGGAUAUGCUAACGAUCAUGAUGAUAGUCGACAUAGAGGAGGCCAACACAAAGGCGUGGCCAUCGCGGAACAUCGAUAUUAUAACAACAGAGGUACCGGAUAUGGUAGUCAUCAACAACCUCAUGAUGGCAGAGCCCCCUAUGAUGAUCAGGGACAUCGAUAUUAUAACGACAGAGGUACCGGAUUUGGUAGUCAUCAACAGCCUCAUGAUAGCAGAGCCUCCUAUGACGAUCAGGGACAUGGAUAUUAUAACAACAGAGGUACCGGAUUUGGUAGUCAUCAACAGCCUCGUGAUAGUAGAGCCUCCUAUGAUGAUCAGGGACAUGGAUAUUAUAACAACAGAGGUACCGGAUUUGGUAGUCAUCAACAACCUCAUGAUAGCAGAGCCUCCUAUGAUGAUCAGGGACAUGGAUAUUAUAACAACAGAGGUACCGGAUUUGGUAGUCAUCAACAACCUCAUGAUAGCAGAGCCUCCUAUGAUGAUCAGGGACAUGGAUAUUAUAACAACAGAGGUACCGGUUCUGGCAAUCAUCCGCCAAGAUCAAGAGGUGGUCCCUCAACGGUCAACGGCAAUAAAUCAUAA